AUGUGGCCCUCGGGAGAUCUCAUGGACCAAUACACCUGCUGCGGCGACAUCUUCGAGCUGCGCUCCCUCGUCGCGGGGCCAUGCGCGUACACGGAGCCCUACAGACCCUUCUCCAGCCUAAGCGCAAGCCGCCUCGUUCGGAAACUGGUCGAGAGUGGCGCCUGGGAGAUCGCCAAAGAAGUUCUGGUCUACCGGCGGCACCACGACGCAGCUGGUACAAUCACCGACAUCGCCGGGCUUCAACGGGAUCUAGCCACCCCCUUCAAAAUGCAGUGGGACGACGCCAGGAAACUCUGCGACUACGAGCACCUCUUCAACGACUGCAUGCGGAUCGCUAAACAAGGAACCCCCAAAGCGCUCCCGCCGGCGCUCCAGGCCGUGCUCCCCCCGCCAACAGCCGCCCUCCCGACGCUGGCGCUGUUCUUCGCCUCGUGGCUGCUAGCCUACCGUUUCGGCUACGACAGCGUGCGCGCCUUCUCGCUCCGCAACCCGCUCACGUCACAGCAGCUGUCCGACUUCCACCUGCACGCGCGGCUGAUGACCGCCAGCCGGCACUUCCAGCACCACGUGUGCUGGCCGCGGUGGUCGACGGCGUUCGAGACGCUGUAUCCGGACCUGCUGCUGCUAUGGGGGCACGACCUGCAGAACUGCGACUGGCUGAUGCGGCGCAAGGUCAUGGUGGGCGGGAACGCGCUGCUGAGGCACAAGGUGUUCUUCCACCUGGCGGCCGUCGGCGUGGAGCGCGAGGACUGGGAGAGCGGGCAGGUGAUUGGGUGGAUGGGGCUGAGGAGGAGCUGGGAUAGGGAUGGGGUCUAUGCUAGUGUGGGGACGCUGGUGAGCAAGUAUGAGAAGUCGUGUGAUUUGGGGGGGAGGAAAUUGGAGUCUUUUGUGGUGUUGGCUCCGCGGGAUAGAGGGGUUUAG